AUGUCUGAGAAAUUAACUAAUGUGACGCUAAUCACAGAAUUUUUGCUCAUGGGAUUUCCUGAUGAUGAGGUGCUUCAGAGGCUGUAUGCCACAUUCUUCUCGCUGAUUUACAUGGCAGCACUUAUAGGGAACUUCCGCAUUAUCGCAAUCACUACCAUUGACCAACAUUUCCAAUACCCUAUAUAUUUCUUCCUGAAAAAUCUGUCCUUAAUUGACAUCUGUUAUAUUUCUGUCACUGUUCCCAAAUCCAUCAUAAACUCUCUGAACAAGAGCUAUUCCAUCUCCUUCAUGGGAUGUGCCUCACAGGUGUUUCUUGUUAUUUUCUUUGCUGGCACAGAGUUUGCCCUCCUUCUAGUGAUGUCCUAUGAUCGCUAUGCUGCCAUCUGCUGUCCCUUGCACUAUGAGACCAUUAUGAAUAGAGGGGCCUGUGUGCAGAUGGUGACUGCAUCAUGGCUCAGUGGGUGUGUUUAUGGAUCCAUUCAUGUUGCAGGUACAUUCUCUAGAAGUUAUUGUCGAGCAGCAUCAUCCUCUGGUGCAUACAAUGCCUCUUCUCAUCCUCUGCUAACACCAGGUCCUGGGCAUCGAAGCUAUGCAGGAGAUGUCUGUGACACCCUUAAAACAGUGGAUCUACUCCUUUCAUUCUGA